AUGUGGAAGGAUACUGUUGCAGGGAAGGUUAUUCAGGGUGGAUCUAGCAGGGUCUUGCAAAGAGGGUCUUCCAGGAAGGGCCAUCCAGGGACGGUCUUCCAGGAAGGGCCAUCCAGGGACGGUCUUCCAGGAAGGGCCAUCCAGGGAGGGUCUUCCAGGAAGGGCCAUACAGGGACGGUCUUCGAAGAAGGGCCAUCCAGAGAGAGUCUUCCAGGAAAGGCCAUCCAGAGAGGGUCUUCCAGGAAGGGCCAUCCAGGGAGGCUCUUCCAGGAAGGGCCAUCCAGGGAGGCUCUUCCAGGAAGGGCCAUCCAGGGAGGCUCUUCCAGGAAGGGCCAUCCAGGGAGGCUCUUCCAGGAAGGGCCAUCCAGGGAGGCUCUUCCAGGAAGGGCCAUCCAGGGAGGGUCUUCCAGGAAGGACCAUCCAGGGAGGCUCUUCCAGGAAGGGCCAUACAGAGACGGUCUUCCAGGAAGGGCCAUCCAGGGAGGCUCUUCCAGGAAGGGCCAUCCAGGGAGGCUCUUCCAGGAAGGGCCAUCCAGGGAGGGUCUUCCAGGAAGGGCCAUCUAG